AUGAAUUUGAGUAGUAGCACAGAUUUCGUAAUAAAUGCAGAUAAGGAAAAUGACGCAUCAAAUAAUAAACCUACUAAUGAGAUAAAUUUAUUUUCUGAUAUUUUAAACAGAGAUAUGAAAGGUGUAUUAAAUGAUAAUGCAAAGGAAAUAAAUAUUUAUGAACAAGACAGAAAUAAUUGUAACAUUGACAAUUUUUUUAACGAAUUAAAUUUAAAUAGCUCUAACAAUAAUUUUAGCAAAUCAAUUCAAGUUGAAAAAAAAAUGUUUCAUGAAAAUAAACAUUUUGAUGAUAAUACCCAAGAAAAACUAAAUGAUAAUGAUGAGGAAAAAGAAGAAACAUUAUUAUUAAAUAUAGCUGAUAAUAUGACAUGUUCAGGUAUAAACAUGAACAUUUUAGCUAGUUCUGAAAAAAAAAAAAAAUCUGACUCCACAAGUAGGUUAGACGGUGCAAAUGAAACAGCGGAAAAGGUGGAAAAAUCGGAAAAAGCGGAAAAAUCAGAAAAUGUGGAAAAACCAAAGUUAGUUUCAAAAUUUUUGGAAGACCUAAAUUACAAUAAUAAAAAAAGUCACACCCCAAUUUUUAGUGAAGCAUUUAAUUUGAUAGAUAUAUCUUCUAUAUCUGAAGAAACAAAACAAAGUGUAUAUUCAAAAUUAGAUUACGAUUUUAGCAGUAUGACAAAUCUAGUAUUGGAUAAGAUUGUAAUAAAUGAAAUGGAAAACGAUAAGAAUAAAAAGAUAGAAUAUAAUAAUAUAUAUGAUAAAAAAGAAACUGAUAAUGAAUUAUUAAAUGAAGAAAGAAAAAUAAGUAAUGAACAAAUAUUAGAUAAUUAUAGUAUUCAAAAAAAAAAUGAAUGUUCUGAUUCAAGUAAUAGUAGUGAAAAUGAAUCAGAUGGAAUAGAUAAACUUUUUAAUCGACAUAAAAUUGACGUUUCUAAUUUAUCAAAAUAUUUUGAUUUUCAUAAAAAUGAAAUAAAAACAAGUAUAGACACACUAAAAACUGAUGAACAUUUUCAAAAUAAUACUUGCAAUGAUUUAUAUACUAAUUUAGAUAAUGAUGAAAUAUAUGAAUACGGAUCUGACUCUUCAAAUAUUUCAACUACAAGCUUUGACGAAAAAAAAGUAGAUAUUGAAAAGGGAGGAAAUACUGAAAAGGGAGAAGAUAUUGAAAAAAAAGUAGAUACUGAAAAGGGAGAAAUAGAUAUAGAUAACAUAUUAACAUUUAAUAAUUUAGAAAAAAAAAAUAAAAAUGAUGUUACGUUAAAAGAAAAAAGAUCAAAUAGUAUGUUGACUGAAGAUGAAUCUCUAAAUUUGGAAACAAAUUAUAUUACUAAUGAUAUUUUAAAUGAUAUAUUAAAUAUUAAAGAUGAAAAAAUAACAUUCGAAAAAUUUAGAAAUUAUUUUAUAAGUUUGAAUUAUGAAAUAAAUGUAGAAAAUUUAAGAUUAUUAUUUAAUUCAAUAGUAGAACAUAAAAAAUGUAAUAUAAAAAAUGAUGAAGAAAAGGAAAAUAAAAUAGACAAAAAAAUAAAAAAUAAUAUAAUAAAUGAAGAAGAAAUAUAUAUAAAUAUAGAUAACUUAAAAUAUUAUAUUAUUGAAAGAAAUUAUAAAAAUAAUAAUUAUUUUAACGAAAUUAUAAAAAUGAUUAUUCAUUUUAAUAACAUAUUGUUAUUAAUGCUAAAUAGUAGUUCUACUAAAAAAGAAGAUAAAAUAUUAUUUGAAUUAUUAGUUUUCAAAUUCUCAUCAAGUUUUAAUCAAAUUAUAGAAACACCAAAUGAUGUAGAUAAUUUAAUUAAACACUUAAAUGAAAUAAUUAAGCUUAUAUUAUUAGAUGAUUCACAAAAUAAAAAUUUAAAAAAUAUUAUAUUAGAUUAUUUAAAAAUGAAUAAGAUUUCUCUAAAAAAUAAUGAAAUAUUAUCACAACUUAAUAAAUCAUCAAAAAUGAUUUUAGAAAAAUCUGAGCAGAAUCAUUCUUGUGAUCAUAUAGAACCCGAACCCGAAAAAACAAAAACAGGCUUGGAAAAUAAUAGAGCAAACUUGGAAAAGAGUAGAACAACCUUGUUGAACAGUGGUAAUGGCAAUUCUGAAAUUAUAAAAGAAGAGGAUGAUCAAAAUAAAGCCAUUAAUGAAGAUUCUUCAAUAAAAAUGGAAAAACAAAUAACAACAAGUUUAAAGACAUCAUUAAAUGAUACAGAAAAUAAUACUAGAAAUUUAACAAAAGAUAUUAUAAUAAGCGAAAUAAAUAACACCAAUAAGUCUUUGGGAAAUUACAAAAAAAAUAACGAAAGUAGCCAAGGUAGCGAAUGUAGCGAAAGCAACGAAAGUAGCGAGCAUAACGAAAGUAGCGAACUUAACGAAAGUAGCGAAAUUAACGAACAUAGUGAUGUGUUAUUUGAACUUGACAAUAGUAUAAAUGAGAGUACAGAAGAAAUGAAAAAAGAAAGAAAUAUAAUUGAUAUCGAACAAAUUAAAAAUGAUAUAAAAAUGACAAAUUAUAGUGAAAAUUCAGGCGAUAAAAACAAAAAAAUAAAAAAGAAUUCUAAAAAAAAUAUAAAAUGUAAAAAUGUGGUAAAGAAUAGUAAUAGCAAAAUUGAUGAGAUUAACUCUAAUAGUACAAAUGGAAAUAAAAAAAAAAAAAUAAAGUUGGAAAAAAAAAGCAAAGUUGAAAACAGCGAAGCAAAAAUAGUCAAAGUUGGAAAUGGCGAAGCAAAAAUAGACCAAGUUGGAAAUGGCGAAGCAAAAAAAGACAAAAUUGAAAAUAGCGAAGCAAAAAUAGACCAAGUUGGAAAUGGCGAAGCAAAAAUAGACCAAGUCAGAAAUGAUGAACAAGGUAAAAAUGGAAAAGAAAUUCAUAAAAAAAUAAAAGAAGUUACAAAUUGUGUAAAUGGUAAAAUAAAUGAUGAAAAAAAUAAUUAUAUGAGAAAUUAUACAAAUGAUAUCAAUAUGAAAAAUGUUCAAAAUUAUAUGAAAAGAUUUAGUUCUAUGAACAAUACUAAUAAUAUACCUUCCUAUAUGAUUAUAAAUAAAAACAAUAGAUAUAUUAAUUCUAAUAAUGCAUUAUAUAAAAAAGGUAAUUUUUUAUUUCCAGCUGUUUGUAAUAUAAAUGACUAUAAUACACAAACUUUAAAACUAACAAAUUCUGGAUAUAUUAAUGAAAAUAAAACUUUGGAAAAACCUGAAUUAUUUAAUCCUCAUAUUUUUAAGGACAAGUGUCAAAAUAAUUUCAUAAAAAAAAAUUCAAUUAAUGAAAAUACUGAUAAUAGAAUCAAUUCUAAUCAAUAUCUAUGGAACGAAAAAUUGAAACCCCAUUCUAACAUAAAAUAUAAUACAAAUAACUACAUAAUACAAGCUAAAAAUUGUAUUAAUAAUAAUACAGCUCAUUAUAAAGAAAAUCCAUGUUUACAUUUUCCUUUACAUUUCAAUUCUACAACAGACAAUUCAUAUAUUAGUAAAUUAAAUGAGGACUAUAUGUUUGCAUCUAAUUUAGAUCCAUAUAAAAAUCCAAUUCUUGGAAAAGAACCACAUAUGAAUAUCAACUCUUUCAAUAAAGUUAGAAGUACUAUCAGUAUAAAUAAUGCCAUUAAUGGAAUAAAUGUAGAUAAUGAUCGUAUAUAUGAAACAAACAAAAUGACACAAAAAAAAGAUGGUUCUGUAGCUAGUACAUCUAAAUCAGAUGUAAACAAAAAUAUUAUUGGAAAUAAAUGCGAAAAUAAUAAUAUUGACAUAAAUAAUGAACAAUAUAAAAUUAAAAGUAUAUCAAAUUUAAAUCAAUUUAAGAAUAAAAUGAUUGAUGAAAAAAACAAACGUUAUAGUAUCAGCUAUAGUAAAAUACCAAAUAACAAUAGUAAUAAUAUAUAUAUAGGGUUCCGAAGAAAUAUAAAUAAUUUCUCUGGUAAAAAUAAUUCAAAUAUGAAUGCAAGAAGAAAUAAAUCACAAAAAAGAUAUUUAAGUUCAAAAAGUGAUGUUCAUGCUACUAUUAAUUCACCCACUAAUCUAACUAGCGAAAAGAGAGAUAAUGAUUUGACUAAAAAAAAUUUAUCAAAUUUUGAAAGUGGAUUAUUCAAGCUAAAAAAUUUUGCAAACAUUUUAAAAGAAACUAAUAAAUCUCAAGAAAAUUGUGAAAAAAAUGAAAAGGAAUCUAAGAAUGUAUAUCAUCGAUUUACAGAAAUAUUGACAAACGGAAUAAAACGAUUUACAUUAGGAUCUACCAAAUCGAUCAAUUUGAAUAUGCACGAUGAAAAGGAAAACAAGGAUUCUAAAAACGUAGAUGCAAAUAAUGGUGGUAAUAAUGAUGCAAAUAAUGAUGCAAAUAAUGGUGGUAAUAAUGAUGCAAAUAAUGAUGCAAAUAAUGGUGGUAACAAAGGAUGUGGAACAAAUGCAGAAAAAGACAAAAAUAGUACAAAUUUGGUGAUAGAAAAGUCUGAAAAAAAUGAUAAAAAAGAAAUAGAUAAAGCCGAAAAUAAUAAAAUAGAAGAAUCACAAUGUAUUAAUAAGUCAAAAAAUGAAAAUAACAAAAUUAGUAAUACAUCUUGUAAUCUCAAAGAACAUAGUUUAAAUAAUAAUAAUAUAAAAAAAGAAACAAAUAAUAUAACUAAUUACAGAAAUAGUAAUAUGUAUCCUAUGAACACUCAUUUACUCAAUAUUAAAAAUGUAAGCAAAUUAAAUAAUGAUCAAGUUGGCACAAAUGGAAUAUAUGAUAAUUUAAAAGGCUCAAAUAUGUAUUAUAAAAAUUUGUCUAAUAAUAAUAAUAAUAUAAUAAACAAUAAUAAUAAUACAUUACAUACAUAUAAAAUGCAUGUAGAUAAUUCUGAUAUGAAAUAUAAAAAAGGAUAUCAUUCAAAUGUAUUUAAUAGAGGAAACCAAGGAUUAUUAAAUAUAAAAAAAACGUGUUCUAAUUAUGUUAAUAAUAAUAAUAAUAAUAGAAUAACUACAUCUAGAUAUGAAUCCGCAACUAACUCAGGAAUUAGAUCAGAAUCUGGGGUUGAUCGUUUUAUUCAUUUCCAUAAAAGAAAUAGCACAUUAAAUGGUACAACACCUUUUGCAAAUUUUCAUGAUCAUAAUAAAAAUAUAAUAAACAAUAUAAAUACAAAAGUAUAUUCUAACGAAAAUAAUAAAAUUAUUAAUGAGAUAAUAAAAAAAAACAAAAUCGAAUUACCAAAUGGAUUUAAUAAAUCAUUCUUAAAAAGAGAAAGUAAAUUAGAUAUAAUGAGUAACAGUAGAAUAAUAAAUAUGAAUAAUAAUAUAAAUGAAGAUAUAGAAAAAUAUAUAUAUGACAAAAAUAAUUUAUUUUUAAAACCAAUUAGAAAUUUUGAAAAGGUAAAGAGUGAAACUAAUUUGUUUAUGCAAGUAAAAAAUGAUAAUUUAAUGACAAAAGGAAACCAAAUAAAUUAUGAUAUUAAUAAUAGUGGAGUGAAUAAAAUUGUUGGAAACAUAAUUGGAAAAACAGUUAAAUGUGAAGUUUCUUCUAAGACAAAUUUGGAAAAAAAUAUUUUAGAAGAACAGACAAAUAAUACACUUAAAAUAAAUAAUAAUCAAGAAAAUGGAAACAGAAAUUGUGUUUUAAAGACACAAAAUUGUGGGCAAAAUUGUGGGCAAAACUGUGGGCAAAACUGUGGGCAAAAUUGUGGGCAAAACUGUGGGCAAAAUUGUGGGCAAAACUGUGGGCAAAACUGUGAACAAAAUUAUGGACAAAAUUAUGGACAAAAUUAUGGGCAAGGUUAUGGGCAAAAUGUAAAAACCAAUUCAAAUAAUAACACAAAAGAAACCAAAUUUAUUUAUAAAGAUGAUACAAAAUAUAAUAUGCCAACAACAUUUUUAAAAGAAUUUCAAACAAAUAUUUCAGAUAAUAAAAAAUAUAUAGAAACGUUUGAUGAAAAUAAUUUAACCCUCGAACAAAUUAUGAACAUACCUGGGGUUAAAUUAGGAAAAAAUUAUAUACAAGAUAUAAACGUAUGUUCAGAUUGGUCUAAAUUUAAUGAUUAUGAUCAAAAUGUAAUUAAGCAAUCUAUACAAAACAGUUUUGAAAAUAAUAAUUACAAUAAUUUUAUGGAUUAUACACAAUUUACUAAUACAUUUUUUUCAACUGAAAAAUAA